AUGGGUGUCGAUUUCUUGAGUGGACUCAUGAAUAUGGCCAAUCAGUUCGGAAAUGCGAAUAAGUCAGCACCGCAAGGCACGUCACAGUCUGGCUUCCAGUUGAGCCAAGAGGACAUCGCCAGGAUCACUGCCGGUCUUGGCACACUUGCUACAACUUUCAAAGAAAAGACGUUUGGAGCUGGUGCAAACGAAGAAGCAGUUACUAAAUUGGACUCGCAAGGCGGAAAAGUGCAAGUGUCGUCUGUGGUUGAAAAAUCGGCGACGGCAACUGAACAACCUCCUUCUUCGGGUGGUGGUGAUUUCUUGAGCGGACUGGUUAAUGUUGCCAAAGAUGUUGGAAAGUCAUUUGGUGAGCACAAUCAAGCUGGUUCCACCGCUAACACAUCAGGUAAUGCUGCUCAGCAAGGCGGGUUCCAGUUCAGUCAAGAAGACAUGGCCAGAAUCACAGCUGGUCUUGGAUCACUUCUGGAUACAUUCAAGACAAAAGUGGUCAAGGAGGAUGCGGGAGAGAAACCAGCGACAAAGGUCGAUGCUCAAUCUGAACAGACUCAUAUGUCUCUACUGGAUAGAGCCGACGCCCAAGCCGAACAAACCCUGCACGAACCAUCCUCAGGCGGUAAUGAUUUUCUAAGCGGACUGUUGAAUGUCGCCAAAGAUGUGGGCAAGGUGGUGGAGAAAAGUCAGUCUGGUGCAGACGCUAACACUUCAGGAAGUUCACAGCAGCUGAGCCAAGAGGACAUUGCCAAAUUGACCGCAGGAAUCGGCUCUUUUGUUGGUGCUCUCCAAGGAAAAGCCACGGAUUAUUUCCAGAAAAAAAAACCAGUGAGAGGAAAAGAAGCCGGAAAAUGA